AUGUCGAAAGAUGCCGCAGAUCCAGGCGAACACUACGCAUUCCUUCUGAAGAAAUGCGUCAAGGUCGUAGAAACUUAUGACCCCAAGAAGACAACUAUCGAUGCAUACAUGGAGGACGCGCCGUUCCUCAAGGACAAGAAGCUUGGGGACACAGAGCUCAAGUUCAUACACCAGGUCUUCUAUGGCUGUAUGCGCUACCACAAAUUCCUCAAGCUUUUUAUUACGAGCUUCAUGUACAAGUGCCCCGCUGCGGCUUUGCGAGCCGAACAGAACAUCUAUUUGGUGCUCGCCUACCUGUUGUUCUUCCGGCUCGAAGAGCUCACUGUUCCGGAGCUUCGCCAGUUUCUACUUUGCGGUUAUGGUGCUGCGCCAGCGAUCAAUGCCCUGAUGCAGUAUGCCUUGAGUGUCGAGGAGCUCGAGAAAUGGGUCAAGGUAGAGUGGUGCAAGUUCUAUGAUGUCGAUUACGUCGAGCAGGACAUCAUCGGCAAGCUGCAAAGCUUCAAGGAGGAGCUCCAGACGACGAGUGACGAGGUGGAGUUUCGGGCGACCGGCACUGUAAAGGCAGCCGAUGGCACUGCCUUGAUUGCAAAGAGUGAGAAGCUCACCCUCGGGGGUUCUGCAAAGAUUUCAGAUUCGAAGCACGUAUGCCCCGGGCUCAAGAUGGAGGGGCAAGCGGGACCUUCGACAGAUGCCCAGAGUAUGUUCCGCAGAUCUUUGGAGGGAUCUCAGACGAAAUGGCAAGCGGUGGAAGCCAUGCUUCGGCAGGAAACGAAGCAGCGCUUCAAACCUCCAAUGCCCGAGCGCCCCCCAUGCAAGCGCUUUUUAAUGGAGGAAGGCUGCCCGUUUGGCAGCAGCUGUACUCAUUUACAUUCCAUCGACGGGAUUCUGGAUGUCCGAGACGGCCCUCUAGAAUCGUGCGGGGCAGCAGAAGUGGCUCCGAAGGUUUUCUUGCACAAGAUGGAGGACCGCAAAGUGGGCAGGGGUUCUAUCUCGCUGCUUGUCCGUACCCUUGCCACAGGCGGUUUUGUGACAGUGGACCGACCCGAGCAUGCUGACCUCCUGCUUUCCAAUGCUUUUCCUUCUGUAAGUCUCCUUUCGAAGCUUCGUCCGGGGUGCACGAUCAACCACUGGCCAGGUGAGUACGAGUUGUGCAGCAAGGACCGUAUGGCCAGACUGUUGAGGGGAUUGCCUUUCUGUCCCUCAACUUACAUCCUGCCACAUGAGUGGCCGCUAUUGGCUUCAGAGUGCAGUGGAAUGAAAGAGGCACUUUGGAUCUCGAAGCCUUGCCAGCUCGGGGAAGGGCGACACAUUCAGAUCUGGAAGAGCGCUGACCUGGCGCACAUGUGGCAGAGCAAGGGGGAAGCCUUCUUGGGCUCCUGUGUCGUCUCACGCUACAUUCCGAAUCCGUUGCUGGUGGAGGGCCGAAAAGCUGAUAUUAGAGUCUACGCAAUGGUGAAGAGUUUGCACCCACUUGAGGCGUUUGUCUUCCGGGAAGGCCUUGUGCGAAUUUGCGGCGUGACAUACGACAGGAACGCUUUCGAGGACCUGAGUGCGCACGUAAGCAACAAUGCCGUGCAGACGAAGGCCAGUCGGCAUGCGAGCGGUCGAAACUUGACUUUGCAGCAGCUGUGGGACUCGCUUGGCCCUGAACAUCAUCGAGAGACUCUGUGGAAGCGUUACAGCCUUCUGGCCUUCGACCUUCUCAUCGACGAUUUGGGCGGCGUAUGGAUCCUCGAGGUGAACUCGAAGCCAGCCCUUCAUGCGCAGAGCCAGUCCCUCAAGGCGAUCUUUCCGGUCCACUUCGCGGUCAAAGCAAACCUAUUGGCUGACCUGUUCUGCAUGGUGGGACUUCCCUCCAAGCACGGCCAGACCCCUUCGAAUGCGGCGUCUGGAGGGGAAACGCUGGGCUUCGAGAGGUUGGAGUUUGUGGCUGCAGAUCCGGCCAUUGUUCUCUGGUUGGCCGCGAACUGGCACGGUUUCUGCCGAUACAUGGAGGAUUCGGCGAUUGCGACGGCGGCUUCGGCUUGUUUGUCCUGUGGACUUGUGGAUCCUUCUAGCUACGACUACCUGGCUCAGCCAGUUCCCACCUCGAUCCACAAGAACAGCCUCAACAAGGUCGAAGAGCAGAAGAAGAAAAAGCUGCAGGAAGAGAAGGCGAAGGUGCUCGCCAAGUACGACGAAGCUGAUCAUUUCAAUCUGGAAACAGCGAGUCGUCGUGACCACGAAGCUGCUUUCGACGACCUGAAGAAUCAGGUGGAAAGUGAGCGCAUGGCGGAAUGCACGUUCUUCCCAAAAACAGAGAAGAAAGCCGUCGCCAUUGCCGACAAUGCCACGGUCAGGCACAACGUGGCGUCUGUGCUUCGAGAGGAUGCCUUGGUCAAGCAGAAGCAGGCCAAGGAGUACCAGGCCCUCAAGCGCUAUGAGGAGGACUUGCAUGAUGCCUCGCAGUUCCACACCUGGCAAGAGAAAAUGAAGGAGAAGGAUCACAACGAAGAAGAGAUGCGUGUGCGCCAGCGCAUCGUGGAGAUGCAGCUCUCGCGCGAGGUUGCCAUGGAAGCCUUCGAUUCUGCAGUCCGCAAGAAGCAUAUCCUGGCGGAACACCAGCGGGAGGAGUUGCAGGUGGAGCUCGAUAUGCAGGAGCGCAUGCGAGAGCACGAGAUGGGCGAGAAAAAGCAGCUGGUCGAGGAGACUAAGGAGGACCGUGACAGAGCCCGGCUGGCAGAGCAGGAGGCGCUAAAGGAGAGGCUGCAGAAGGCCGACCACAUGCGCAAGGAACGCGAGGUUGACAUGGAGAGAAAGAAAAAGGAGGAGGAACAGGAGAUGGACAGAAAAAAGGAUCUGAUUCGUCAGAUUCGCGCGCUGGAGAAGGUGCCAGUGGAAAAGUUUAAGACUUUCGAUCCAGCGGAGCCGCCCUGUCAGGGCUUGCUGGAAGAGAUGUCCUUGGCCGAGCUACGGGAGAGACUGAGAAUCGUCGAAGCUCAACGUGAGAAGGAGCUGGACGCAAAGCGCGAAAGGCAACUUGCGAGGAAGCAUGAGAAGCAAGAGGAGCUGACCGAAAAGGCUGAGAUGUUAGCCAGAGUUCGUGAGCGUGCACGAGACGAGCAGCAGCAGAGGCACGAGCAAGUUCGACAGCAAAAGAUUCUCGAGGAGGAGCAAAAGCAGAGACAUCGAGAAAAGUGCAUUGUAGACGUGGCAGCAAAGCUGCAGCUAAAGAAGCGGCAGAAGAAGGAAGAGGAGCAGCGACUAAAGCUUGAGCUAAAGGAGAUUGCUACAAAGAGGCAAUUUCUGGCUGCUAACGCGGAGAUGGUGGAGGCCAAGGCACAGGGCGAGCAGCAGGCAGGCCUGGAUCGUGAAGCACAGAAGCGGCAGAAGACGAUUCUCAUCGAGCAGCGGAAGCAGCAUCAGAUCAAGAUUUCUGAGGUUCAGCGGCGCCGGGACAAUCAGGACAGAGACAUCCAAGAGUACAAAACAAUGCAGCAGACGGUGACUGCGAGAAUGGACCGUGUCAAGGCUGCGGACCUGGCCCUGAAGGAGGAAAUUCGCCAGUCGGUCCAAUCGGCACGAAACAUCCAACGAACCAAAGCUCAGCGCAAUGUCACCGAGUUCGGCCACAGCAGCAAUGCAUACAUGAGCAGGAUUCAGAGUCGCAUGGCUACCUCCUGCUAG